AUGUGUGCAGGGUUUUUGAACAUGAAGCCCUUAACGGAUGCUGUUUAUCUUUUCACACCUGUGGGAGCCCUAUCGAAGAUGGAGAGACAAUCGAUUCAUGAAAAAUGGCCACUAUACGAUGACAACUACAUCCCUGGGCGCGCAGUUACAGAGGCGCGAGAAGUGCAGAUUACGGUUUUGGCAAAGGAUGAUGGUAAUAUACUCGAGAAGCCCUAUUCCGAAGCUGUAUACCGCCUGGACAAAUUCAUCAGCGAUCGGGUUUUCGUGGAUUAUAGAGGAGUCGAGUAUCGAUAUGGGGACUUGUGCUUGUCUUACAAAUCAGCGGGCUGCCCUGGCAACAAGCAUGCACACAUUAUAUCCGAUCUUUAUCAACGCGGCAUCAACAUUACCUAUCCGACCUUCCGACUUGGAACUGAGGGCGGCUACAUCGGCAGCACGCUUGGUGGUGUCCGACUUUCGCGGGAUGAGCAAAAUCGCACUAUUCUAGCUUCGGCCCAGGCGUGGUUCUUGAUCUACCAUAUGAAGUUUUUCCCAGCAAACGUCAGCUAUGUCUCCGGGCUCUUUGAGAACGAAUUGGUGCGACAACUAAGAAAUUAUCCGGAUGAUCCGUACAUCACGUUUACGUACUUCCACUCUCAAACUCUGGCUGAUGAGUUGAAGCGUAAUGCAGAGUCCCUCGUCCCCCGUUUCGGUAUCGCCUUUUUCCUGAUGGUGGUAUUCUCAUCGCUAUGUGCCAUCUCGUUCAUUGGAAACUCUUUUACUAUCGAUUGGGUCCUUAGUAAACCGAUCCUGUCGCUGCUUGGUGUCGUCAACGCUGGUAUGGGCAUUCUCACGGCAUUGGGCGCCGGGCUUCUUCUGCACGUUCCCUUCAAUGACAUCGUCGCUGUGAUGCCUUUCUUAGUCGUUGCGGUCGGCGUUGAUAAUAUGUUCCUGAUGGUUUCUUCUGUACGACGGACUCCGAGAUCGCACACAACCGGUGAAAGAAUGGGCGAAUGUCUGUCCGACGCCGCUGUUUCGAUUUUGAUCACAGCUUUGACCGAUGCAUUUUCCUUCGGCGUCGGUGCCAUUACAACCAUUCCCGCCGUGCAAAUUUUUUGUAUAUAUACCUGUUUGGCAAUCACAGCGACGUUCUUUUACCAGCUCACCUUCUUCGCUGCUCUACUGUCUAUGUAUACGCGUUGGGAGCGUCGUGGGAUCAACUCGGUGUUCCUCUGCGAAACUGUACCUAUCGAACAGAUCCACACCGCAUCUUUCAUCUCGCGCAUCUUCAAUAUGGGCUCGAGAGCUCCUCCCGAGAAGAAGGGAAAACAUUCGCCGCCACACAUCGACAACUCUCUGUCCACAAGGUUCUUUGAGAAUUGGUUCGCCCCCCUUCUGAUGCAUCCUGUGGUGAAGGGCCUUGUGCUGCUCUGGUUCGCCAUCUACCUCGGCUUCUCCGCGUACGGCUGCGCACAGAUCAGAGAAGGGUUGGAGCCAAUCAAUCUGCUUGUCCAGGACUCUUACGCCAUCCCACAUUACAAGAUGUUGCAACGAUACUUUUGGAAGUACGGCGCCACGCUUCAAUUGGUUGUGAAUAAUGCGCCGGACAUGCGACUGCCAAAACAGCGGCAACUUUUGAAACAGAUGAUUGUCGAGUUUGCGUCAUCAAAUCAUUCCUGCGGUCCGGAAUCUAUCCAAUACUGGGUGAACGAGAUGGAAAUCUAUUACAAACAAGGCCUGGAAAUGGGGAUCGUCGAUUCGGCUUUCUAUGGUCAGGUCCAACACUGGCUCGGCGCUAAGAAUCCCAACACUUGGGAGGCCGACAUACUUUGGGGCGUCAACGGAUGGAAUGAGACAACGAUAAAAAGUUUCCGUUUCUUGAUUGGCCUGCGAGAUAUUCAGUCGACAACGGGCCAGCAAGAGGCAACACAAACAAUGCGUGAAAUUGCUUCGCGAUGGCCGCAGUACAACGUGACAUCUUUCAUGCCCCUGUGGCUCUUCACGGACCAGUACGCCAUCGUCGUCCCGAAUACGGUACAAAACAUUUGGAUUGCUCUGCUGGUCAUGAUCGCCAUUGCCUUCGCUCUUAUCCCACAGCCUCUCUGCGCCUUUUGGGUGGCAUUAGCGUGUGCGUCCAUUGACUUCGGAGUGAUCGGCUUCAUGACUCUCUGGGACGUCAAUCUAGAUGCAAUUUCGAUGAUCACCAUCAUUAUGUCAAUCGGAUUUUCUGUUGACUAUUCGGCCCACAUCACCUAUGGAUACGUGGUCUCCCCGCACGCCGAUCCGUCGAUGAAAAUAAGAGAUGCACUCGGCGCUUUGGGCUGGCCGCUUUUCCAGGGCGGAUCCUCGACAAUUCUGGCAAUGUGUGUCCUUUCGAAUGUGCCUGCCUACAUGGUCAUCACGUUCUUUAAGACGGUGGUUCUUGCCAUUUCAAUUGGACUGCUGCACGGUCUUGUAUUCUUGCCCGUGUUCCUCUCCAUCUUUGUCCGCGGCUGCUGCAUUCUCGAGAUGCCGCCAGACCGAAUGCUACACGGGCAUCACGCCCAGCCGCCACCGAUUGCCAAGAAGCCCAAGAUGUCUUCUUUCGGCUCCGGUACUGUCACUUCGUUGGAGUCGGCUCCAUUUUCUCCGAUAGAGAAAGCAACUCUGGCGUGUCGCGGCGAAUUCAUAGAGAGCCAAUCGUCCACACCCAUCCACGCAAUCCGUCAUAGGGUUUCUCCUCAAGCAAACGGUGCUUCCCCACGUGUAGCAGAUCAUCACCCUCAAGGCAGCACUCACGCUUCCGACUCUUCGUCGACGGGCGAAUUCACGACUUCAUCACCAAAGCAGCAUAGC